GUGCCAUAUGAGGAAGGGAAAUACUGGGCUACAGUAAGUUAUUUUGAGUUAAAUACACGUGUCGGCGAGCAGUACAAAGUUUCUUCGCCAACAAUAGAAAUCGAUGGUUUUACCGAUCCGAUAUCGAAUCCAAGCAAAAUUUGUCUUGGGUUAUUGUCCAAUGUUAACAGAAAUCAGCAGAUUGAAUCCACAAGAAGACGCAUUGGCAAAGGUUGGCUUUCUUACGAAAGCGCAAUAUUUAUUCAAUCACGCAACUGCAAUUACUUUCAUAGUUUCCAUCCAACAACAGUGUGUAAAAUAACAAAUGGAAUUUCGUUGAAAAUUUUCGAUUUGGCAAAGUUCCGUCAGCUACUGGCCGAAUCGACCCGUUGCUGCUCGUUCGAUGCAAUUUAUGAAUUAACGAAUAUGACAAUAAUACGGAUGUCGUUUGUGAAGGGUUGGGGUGCCGAGUAUCAAAGACAGGAUGUUACGUCGACUCCAUGCUGGAUCGAAAUACAUCUCCAUGCUCCGCUUCAGGUUUAUCAUUUUUUCAUUCUUCCCCCAAAAGCGGGCUUGGUAACUAGCUUCAGGUUAUCAGGAUGCCUGGAAAAUACAAUUUUUAUGUUUCAUGCUGUAACAGUUGCAAGGGGCGCAUAUUAUCACGCCUCUGUGUAUGUAUGUCUGCGUAAAUUUUGUCCUCGCUUUUCAAUUCUGGAACCAUAG